AUGUCUUUAUUAAAUUGGUUAACCAAAACAAACGUAAACCAAAUCGAAGAUUCAUUGAUUUAUACUCAAGCAAUACUAAAAGCAUCAUCUAAUGAAGCUGAGACAGUGAGUACAGAAUUAAAUUGUAAUACUAAUAAUAGUUCAAACAAUUCUAAUGAAAGUGGUGAUAACAAUGGUAACGAUUAUCCAAGUAUUUGGACAAAAGAAAUGUUUGUAUCAUUUCUUAAUAAAUAUCCAUGGAUAAUGGUAAAAGACCAAAAAUUGGGUUGUAAAAUAUGCGUGCAGGUUCAAAACCUUGCCACAUAUAAAACACAAGGUAUUAGAUUUGCUAUUGAAUGGACAGAGUGUAGUGUACAUACUUAUGGAGCUAGUGAUAAAGAUAAAAGACAAUCCUUGAGAAAAAAAAUACAUAAGCAUAAAAUUAGUGAAUGUCAUAAAAGAUGUGAACAAAUUUUAAAAGCACAAGAAGAAAAUGUUUUGCCAAAAGCUGUGUCAAAGGGGAUUUCUGGUAAAUUUGAGAGUACGAUAAGAGUAUUUAAUACUGUAUAUAGUAUUGUUAAAAAAACAAGACCAUUUACUGAUUUACCAUUUGAUAUUCAACUUCAAAAGUUAAAUGGAUUGGAUAUGGGUCACAUUUUACACAGCGAUCAUGCUUGUGCUGAUAUUGCUAGCCAUAUAGCAAUAGAAAUGAAAGCAAAAGUUACAAACUUUAUUGUCAAAAAUAAUUUUAAAAUUUCGGUAUUAAUUGAUGAAGCUACCUCAGUGUCGAAAAAUACUUGUUUGGUUGUUUUUUUGCAACUUUUAACAUGUCUAAACAAACACAAAUUUUCUCAUGAAUAUUUAAUACAAAAUUUUAUUUGCUUUGCUUGUGAUGGAGCUUCUAAUAUGAUUGGUCGAAAAGCUGGUGUGGGAAAACUUUUAACUGACAAAUAUCCAGAUUUAUUGGUCUGGCAUUGCUCUAAUCAUAGACUUGAACUUGCUGUUGAUGAUGUAGUUAACGAGGUAGCUGGCAUAAAUCAUUUCAAAAUAUUUUUUGAUACUCUCUAUACAUUAUAUAGUUCAUCACCAAAAAACCAGUAUGGUUUAAAAAGUUGUGCCAAAGAAUUAGAUUUGCAAUUUCUUUCAAUUGGUCGCAUUUUAAAUACAAGAUGGGUAGCUUCAAGUUUGAGGUCAGUUAAAGCAGUCUGGAGAGACUAUGAAGCACUUUAUUUACAUUUUGACAAAUGUAGUUUGGAUAGCUCGAGAACAUCUAAAGAAAAAGCAACCUUUAAAGGUUUAAAACAUAAAAUAACAUCAAUUGAUUUUGUUUUAAAUUUAGGUCUUCUAUAUGAUGCUCUAACUGAACUAUCAGAUCUUUCAUUAGAACUUCAAAAACGGUGUACAAAACUACCUGAUGCUCAUAACUUAAUUAGAAGACAAAUUCUGAUUUUUGAAUCUAUGUCUGAGAAGUGUAAUGAUGGUUUUUAUAAAGAAGCUGAGAAUUCUGAACUUACUGAUAAUUUAAAAUCUAGAAUGUUAAACUUUACAUCAUCACAUGUAUCUUCAUCAUCUGACACAUCAAAUAAGUAUGCCGAGUUUAUUCAACUGCUAGAAGUUUUAAACCCACAAAGAUGGCCGUUAGAAGUAGAUAUAUUAUAUGGAGAGAGAGCAAUUAAGCAGCUUUCAAACAUAUUUAAAAUAAAUGAAAGAGAGUCAGUUAGAGGUUUUCGUGAGUAUAUAGAUAAUAAAUCUAUUAUUCCAGACAACCUUAAACCUCUAACUCAAGCUGUAAAUACAUUAGUAGUUUCUACUGCUGAAUGUGAGAGGCUCUUUAGUGCCAUGAAUAUUGUUCAUAAUGAUAUUCGAAAUACAUUAAAAGUUUCACGUGUAUCUGAUCUUUUGUGGAUUAAAUGUGUUGGUCCACCUUUAUGUGAAUUUAAUGCAAAUACAUAUGUGGAUUCUUGGAUUUCUAAAGGUAGAAGAUGUGCUGACCAUACACAAUGCGUUUCAAAGCAAGAAAUAAAAUAUAACACGGAAUACAAUAGUCUUUGGGAGCAAUUAAAGUAA